CUGGGGGAUGCGGUGCGGGGGGGCGCAGACCCGGCGCCCGGCUCCGCGCGGAGAGAAACGCCCUGAAGAGGAGGGAAGAGCGUGCGCGGGAGGGAGGACCGGCGAGCGGCUCCGGGGAGCGGCGACGAGCGGAGGCAGCCGGCGGCCCAGAGGAGGGAGCGGGCGCGGGCGAGCCUGGGACCCGAGCGCGCGACUUUCCCCGCCAAGUGCCAACUUCGCCGGGAGCACCGGGCGCGCACCUUCUGCGCGCGGGAGGGGGAAAGCCGGCGGGCAUUUGAGACUUUAGGGAAGAAAAUCGGAUUGCCCCCGUCCCUUCUCCCCUCCCCGAGACGAAUCCCCAUUAAAAAGCAAAAACAACAAGAAUAACAGCAAACUUGCUAUUAUCCUGUCCGCCCUCCACUCUUGGCACCAUGAAGGCGGCCGUCGAUCUCAAACCGACCCUCACCAUCAUCAAGACGGAAAAAGUGGAUCUGGAGCUUUUUCCCUCCCCGGGUCUGAACCCCGGCGCUGCCGAAUUACAACCGCUUUCAUUUGUUUUUCCUGCUCCCCGACCAUGUAAUGGUCAAGGGCUCAUUGGAACCAUGUGUGAGCCUGAUAUGGAAUGUGCAGAUGUCCCGCUACUAACCCCAAGCAGCAAAGAAAUGAUGUCUCAGGCAUUGAAAGCCACUUUCAGCGGUUUCUCCAAAGAGCAGCAAAGACUGGGGAUCCCAAAAGACCCUCGGCAGUGGACAGAGACCCACGUGCGGGACUGGGUGAUGUGGGCUGUCAACGAGUUCAGCCUGAAGGGCGUGGACUUCCAGAAGUUCUGCAUGAACGGAGCCGCGCUCUGUGCGCUGGGCAAAGACUGCUUCCUGGAGCUGGCCCCGGACUUCGUUGGGGACAUCUUGUGGGAACAUCUGGAGAUCCUGCAGAAAGAGGAUGUGAAACCCUAUCAAGUGAAUGGAGUCAACCCCACUUACCCAGAAUCCCGUUAUACCUCGGACUACUUCAUUAGCUAUGGUAUCGAGCAUGCUCAGUGUGUUCCUCCCUCGGAGUUCUCAGAGCCCAGCUUCAUCACAGAGUCCUACCAGACACUCCACCCCAUCAGCUCCGAGGAGCUCCUCUCCCUCAAGUAUGAGAACGACUACCCCUCGGUCAUUCUCCGGGACCCUCUGCAGACAGACACCUUGCAGACGGACUACUUUGCCAUCAAACAAGAAGUCGUCACACCGGACAACAUGUGCAUGGGGAGGACCAGUCGUGGUAAACUCGGGGGCCAGGACUCUUUUGAGAGCAUAGAGAGCUACGAUAGUUGUGACCGCCUCACCCAGUCCUGGAGCAGCCAGUCAUCUUUCAACAGCCUGCAGCGCGUUCCCUCCUAUGACAGCUUCGACUCGGAGGACUAUCCAGCCGCCCUGCCCAACCACAAUCCCAAGGGCACCUUCAAGGACUAUGUGCGUGACCGUGCUGACCUCAACAAGGACAAGCCUGUCAUUCCUGCUGCUGCCCUGGCUGGCUACACAGGCAGUGGACCGAUCCAGCUGUGGCAGUUUCUUCUGGAAUUACUCACUGAUAAGUCCUGCCAGUCUUUUAUCAGCUGGACAGGAGAUGGCUGGGAAUUCAAGCUCUCUGACCCAGAUGAGGUGGCCAGGAGAUGGGGGAAAAGGAAAAACAAGCCCAAGAUGAAUUAUGAGAAACUGAGCCGUGGCCUCCGCUACUAUUAUGACAAAAACAUCAUCCACAAGACAGCGGGCAAGCGCUACGUGUACCGCUUUGUGUGUGACCUGCAGAGCCUCCUGGGGUACACGCCCGAGGAGCUCCACGCCAUGCUGGAUGUCAAGCCGGACGCCGAUGAGUGACGGGCACCCGGGGGGCCAGGGAAACUCUGCUGAGACAUUUCAAAGACCCACGUCGGUUGGACUCUUACUUUUUAAUGGUUAUUCUAUUUUUAAUUUUCCAGACUCAUUUUUUUUUUUUUUUACAUUCAGGGGUGGGAGCUAAGUGAACUGCAGCUAUAAUCAAGUAUGUGUGGUUGGCAAAGGAGAGCCAGGACUGGUGGGGUGGGUGGGACAAGAAAUUCUUGGGCAAAUUUGCAGGAGAGAGAGAGAGAAAGGUCUCCUUAGAAGCUUGAAGAAUCUGGCUUGAGGGAGGACUAGAUGCGUAUGUCUGAUAAUCUUUUAAAAAUCAUCCAUGGGGGAAAAAAAGUGCCUCAAGUGAUGAACUUAUUAGCAUCAGCAAUUGAGGCAUCAGGGGUCAUGAGAUGGAUGAAGGGCAAUUCGUUUGCUUCUGUUUUUAGGUCUGGGCGGGGCCAAAAAGAGGGAGGUGGGGUAGAACAAUUUGUUUGGGGAGGGAGUGCCCAAAAACCAAGGACUAUUUACCUUUUACUCUACUUUUAAAACAAAGGUGGACUUCCGUGGGGGAGGGACCAAAACUGUUUUUGUGUUGGAAUUUAUUUUAUUAAAUUUUGUGCCAGUAUUUUUUUUCUUCUUAAAAAUCGUCUUAAGCUCUAAGGUGGUCUCAGUAUUGCAGUAUCAUGCAAGGUUGUUUUUUUUGCCAGCUGAGGAUUCUGUCACAGCGAAAGGAAACUGUUUAUAUAGACCCCACUGGAAAGGCAAAGUGCUGUCACUGAGAUCGGACCCCAGAUCCAGGUGGCUUUAUAGAUGAAGGAACAAAUGAUGCUGAUUUGGGGACAAGGGACCUGUGCAUGUGAAUGUCAUCUGUAAUUUAAAAAAAAAAAAUGAUCAUCACGCCCCUCUACGUAUUUGUCGUUAGUGGAUUCUCGGGGUUUAGACUUAAUGCUGAGCUAAGAAGCAUUGAGUCUUCAACUUGAAUGUAUUUGGCAGCCCUGGCUGGGGAGCACAGUGAAUCAGGAGCUGGAAAGGACAUCGAGGAGGAGGGUUGACUUGGUUCUUUUCCUGUGAUUAGGAAUCAAAGCUGUGUGCCUGGGCAUUACCCCUCGGGUCUUAGGAAGUAAGUCCCAAAUGCAUGUUAUUCCCAACUAACACUUUAUCUUUUCUGUCUCAUCCUCUCAGCCUCCCAUACUUCUUGCUCCCCCCCCAAUCCCCCCCCCCGCCCCCCACACACACUCUUAUUCAGUGCAGAGAAAUGUAAAGCUUUCUGAUUGGGGAGUGAACGAGUGACAGCCGACAUGAGUUGAAGAGCAUAUGAUAAAGCCAUUUAGACUCAUUGGGUGUUUGGCGCAAUGGAAAUUGUGGGUGCCUAGAAGCAAAAGGUGGCUUGGCUGUCUUCCGGAGGAGAAGCGCAAGGCUUUCCUCGGAAGGACUUAGGCUAGUUGAGUGGGAUGUCCAUCCAGCAAGACCGUGCAUGCAGAGCGAACAGUGCAGCUGCUGUUCGGGUCUUGCACUUGGACCACUGUCGUGGCACAGGGUAAGUGAAGGCUCAUCAUGGCAGAAGAGGGGAAUGACUAGAAGGCAAAGGAGACAUAAGCACAGGAGCUUGAAUAAAGACAAUGAGGUGGUCCGUGAGAUGUGAAUAUAUUUUUCGUUCCCCCAUCAUUUAAACAAUGGAGGCAGUUGUGAAGGGUAAUCUGAAAAUGGGGUUUUGGGUCAGGGGCUGGGGGAGGGCCAACAUCUAAGUAAUGAAGACAAGUUCCUAAUUCAAUCAGAAUCCCCACCAUGGCCGAGAUGCCUGAUUUAAAAAGGGUGCGGGGCCGUGGGACGGCUUUGCAGACUGCAGCGAGGGAGGAAGAGGCGGUUAAGGUGGGCUUCUCAGGGCUGGCUUCCCCAGGCUCUAGCUGAGUCACCGGAAGUGCUCACCACUUCCAGCGCAUCUUCAGGAACGUGGAUUGUUCACUCCAGGUCCUCUCGCAGGCCCUGACUGUCAGGAACUUAGCUCUGUGACUCUCACUGAUAAAGCAGAGCGUCUACUUGGAAGGCCAAGGCAGAAUCCACCCAGCUGUGUAUUUUGAUCUUUUUCCAAUUGCAGGUGCCUUAAUGAAGCUCUCCAGAUGUUUUAGGAGCUGCUCAGGGAGGAUCGGCGGAACUGUUGGACUACAUGGUUUCCUCUUAGGUUAUUUGAUCUUUGUUGGGCACAGGCAAAGGUGUGCGUGCAUGUGUAAGUGCCUGUGUGCGUGCAUGUGUAUGUGCUCGUGUGCGUGCGUGAAUGCAUGUGUGCGUGAGUGCGUGUGUGUGUGUGUGUGUGUGUGUGUGUGUGUGUGUGUGUUUGCAGACAUGCAAAACUGCAGCUGAGAUAAUACCUGGGUUUUCUAGGGACACCUCUCCACAUGUCAGUCACAGGCGCCGGUAGAACCAAAGGCUGGGCAUCAGUCAUGGCUUGCUGUUUGCAACCAGGCAUACAAUCACCUGCCCGACUCACCAACCUUUCCUGUUCCAUUGAUGCCCAGAACUCCCCUUGUGUGAGUGUCUAACCCCUGCAGCCACCCCACAGCAGCUCCGAUGUAAGGAAGUGCCUCUUGCGCUCCCCAGCCCGCUUGCUCGCUGCGCCACCUUUCUCUGCAGGUCCACCGUUUUCAGUAUUUAUAGAUAGUUUGUUAGUUAAGACCGCUUUGUUGAUCUGGCCAGAUGCCUUCUUCUCCUUCUGUCCAAAGGCCAGAGACCAUCCCAGGAAGAGUGGUGGGUGGUUUAUACACUGGAAAUGCAGCAGAAUUGUUGCGUUUAUGCUUUUUUAAAAAAACACACACACACAUUAGCUUCAGAGGAAGGAUGGGCAAAUCUGGUGUAGCUGGGGGAAACCCUUGUUUUCUUGGAGAUGCCUUCACCCACGUCAGUGCUGGCUGUCGGGUUCAGAGUCCCUUUGGUUCCCUUCUCCAUGCAGAGGCCGCUGGGGACUUUGGUGCACGGAGCCCUGGUUGGGUGGCGAUGGGGAUUGGAGGUAGCAUUCCAAGAUCAGAUGUGCUGUUCCUCACUUUGGAAGUGAUCUCUCCGGGUUUUAGAGCAUUAACCUGCCUGUCUUCAUGGUGGAAACGACACCCCCUCUCUUCUAGCCAUGCUGUGCAUGCUGCUUUCUCCGUUGGGGUCUAUAUAAAUGUGUUAGCUCUUACCUACAUUCCAAAGAAGUUUCAAGGAACCAUAAGUAUAUGUAUCCAGAUACAUAUAUGAAAGAUAUAUAUGAAAAUGAAACUAUCUCUAUCAGGAAUACUGCCUCAGUUAUUGAACUUUUUUUAAAGAAUACUUUUUUUUUUAAGCUGAGAAAUAUAGGGGUAAAAAGAUGUUAUAUUGUGUUUGACUAUUUUCCAACUUGUAUUUUCAUAUAAUUUAUAUUUUUUAAAAAGCUGAACAUUUAAAAGCAAGAUGAAAAAAAAAAAAGGAAAAGCAGGUGCUUUUUAAAA